AUGGGAGGAGCCAAUUCCUUAAGCAAAUUUGCUUCUUCGUACACCAGAGCUCAAUCUAUAGCAGCCCUGACGCUACUACUGGACUCGGGAUUAGCCAAUGAUCACGAUAUCGAAGAAGAAGUGUUAUCUACGACUUCAUCAAGAGGAAGCUCAACAGACGAUGUACGGUCAGGCUUAAGCCCGCCAGCACAAGUAUAUCUUGAAGCUGGAUCGGAGCAUUUUCUUCAACCCAACUAUUCUAGCACUGGAGAUCAUGCAAUUGACAGUGAAUGUUAUUCCCCGAGAUCAAAGCAGCCAGAUAUGCAAGAUGCUGCAGCUGCAGCUGCAGCUGUGAGUGAACUUACAGGCUUACUUCCCACACGCAGUCGAAGAACCUCAACCGUUACAAUUUACAUCACCGGUGACUCCACCGGCCCGCAAACGAUUUUCAACUCUAUUAAUACUCUCAUGGGCAUUGGAAUGUUGACGCUCCCCUUUGGGUUCAAAUUAACUGGUUGGGUAGUGGGUACGCUUAUCUUAGCAGCUUCUGCUCUGAGUACCAAUUUCAGUGCUAAAUUGUUGUGUCAUAUCUUAAAGAGAAGACCUCACUUAAAUACCUAUGGAGACAUUGCCAGAGAAUUUGGUGGUCACGGCAUUCAGAUGCUUGUUACUGCCAUUUUCUCUAUAGAUUUGACCAUGGCUAUGGUGAGCUUGAUUAUGUUGUGUGCUGAGUCAUUCAACAUUCUUAUACCUUCAGUACCCACCGGUGUUUUCAAGGCAGGAGUCGUGGCAGUUAAUUGUGUACUAACAUUCUUACCUUUGACCAUCUUGGCCAGACUAAGCUUAAUGGGGAUCCUUUCCACCAUUGGGUUGGUGAUCUUGGUGAUUUUUUGUGGCUUAUGGAACCAAGAUCAUCAACCAGGGUCUCUUUGGAACCCAAUGCAGACGUCUAUGUGGCCAAUGGGCUUCCAGCAUGUCAUUUUGGCGUUUGGGAUCUUUAUGGCUCCCUGGGGUGGACACCCUGUGUUCCCUGAGUUGUAUAGAGACAUGAGACACCCCAAGAAGUUCAGCAAGUGCAGCAACAUUACGUUCUUGACGUCGUUCAAUGUAGACUACUUGAUUGCUAUCAUCGGAUACUUGAUGUUUGGGGCUAAAUGUGAAGAUUCCAUCACCAAGAGUCUUAUGAUAAACGAGCAGUUGUAUCCUAAUUGGUUAAACCCCGUCAUAGCGGUGAUAAUGGUGUUACUAGCCAUAUCCAAGUUACCACUUAUUGCCAGGCCGCUUAUCUCCGUCUACGAAACUGCUUUAUUAAAGGAGAAAGUUCAUACAAACAAUAACUUUACGCUGGUUGGUGCACGGGUGUUGUUCCAUUUCUUGGUCUUUUUAUUACUGUACCAAUUGAAUUCCUUUGGGAAGGUUAUAUCGUUUCUUGGAAGUGCGAUCUGCUUCACAAUCUGUGUGACGUUACCAUUGAUGUUUUACAUAAGCUUAUGUCGUCACGAGAUUUCCGUCACGACCAAACUCUUGUUGUAUUUGGGGGUUGGGGUCAGUAUAACCUUGUCUAUAGCUGGUACUUUGGCAACUCUAUUUUUCAAUGAGUAA